AUGCCAAUGGAGGACGAGCUGCAGAAAAAACUGCGGGACUUUGAGAGCAGCUUUCUGCGCGUGCUAACGGAGCAAGAUGAAACGCCGCAGGUAGAUUCGUUGAAACAGACGGCGGGCAAGCUGAAAACAGAAAUGUACGAUGCGGAAGCACAGGGUACGCUGAAACCGCACACGAGACGGCUCGGCGUCCGCGUCGCAAUGCGUCUAGGGCAGCUUUUGGACACGUUGCGCAGCCAGGAAAAGGAAGUACUCGCUAUGCAAGACGAGGCAAAGCGCGAGCUGCGCCGUCUGCUCGAUCAUGCCGCUUCGCAGCCACCAGGUGGCACCAAAAAAGAGGACCAGCUGAUCCAUGAAGUAGGGCCGUACGUGCGUGGGCCAGAGCCGCUGCUAAAUGCGGUGUGGAUGCGCGAUUGGUUCCUGCACAACAUCGGCCACCCGUUUCCAAGCAAGGAGAAGAAAGAAGAAAUCAUUUUUAAUACCAAUAUCAAUGCUCCGGACGCCACGGCGAUGCUUGCGUACAACCAAGUCGUCCUGUGGUUCAUCAAUACGCGCAGACGGUCGGGAUGGACUGGCUUCAAGCGCAAGUACGCGGAUGACUGCAACCACAAAAUGAUGGACAUUGCAUGGGCGUUGCAAAACACCGAAGGAGGCACGCAUGAAGAGCGUGGGUGGUCUGCAGGGACAAGCGAUACAAUGCUUGAAAAGCCAAAGAAAAACCAACCGCGCAAGACGUGGAACGGACCGCGGCUCACGCUCGAAGACGUCUUUCCGCGCCUAAGCCCCAGGCAAGUCAAGUACGCACAGCACGAAUGGAAUGUGAUGAUCGAGCGCGUCAAGACAGGGAUCAAAGACCGUGUCGGCCACUGGGUCGACGAAGUGAUCAGCGGUAGCAAUACGUAG